AUGCGAACGAUUCUGAACGUUAAGGGGACGGGAAUCGCUGUGCACUUGUGCCCGUCUUCCCCUCCGCAACUCCAAGGAGCGCGGGCGGAACACCCCGGUCUGAGCGCAGCACGCGGCCUCGACAACCCCGUACCCAAACCCAACGACGAACGGUCGAAGGUCACCUUUAAAGUGACGCUCACGUCGGACCCGCGGCUGCCCUACAAAGUGUUAAGCGUACCUGAAAGUACACCUUUCACAGCUGUCUUGAAGUUUGCUGCAGAAGAAUUCAAAGUUCCUGCAGCAACAAGUGCCAUUAUAACAAAUGAUGGUAUAGGAAUAAACCCUGCACAGACAGCAGGAAAUGUAUUUCUAAAGCAUGGUUCAGACCUACGGAUUAUUCCCAGAGAUCGAGUUGGGAGUUCUUAACCUCUCCUGAAAGCUUUGGAAUAAGUGACAUUGCAAUGCAACAAAGGUCUAUUUUGGAACUCCGAAAUACAACCAAUGAAUUGGCCUUUUCUAAAGCUAGCAAAAAUGACUUCCCAGGAUUUGACUUUUCUUAAAACAUAGAUCAGGUUUCAUUUCUUUGUUAAAAUGUAUUAACUCAUGCACUGAUUCUUCCCUUACUAGUAGAAGAAUGGGCUGAUUGCAUGUUAUGUUCCUGAAAGAAAGAUGGACUUUUCGAUAGGUGUUACUGAGACCACAAGGGUAAACACACAGCCAUGAUCAAUAGAUAUUUAAAAUAUUGAAUAUUGUUAACAGAGCCUACUUUGUGCAAGGGGGAAUGGUGUUAUGAUUUUGCUACAAAGAAAUUAUUCCUACUGAGU